AUGGUGAAUAAGUGCCUCACCGACAAAACGGCUAAAUGGUACGAGGUGUACCGAGGACUAUCUCUACCAUGGGAGAAAUUCAGGUCGCUCAUCACUCAACACUACGCCGGGGUCUCAACACUCAACAAGCUCCAAAUCAAAUUGUACGCGAAUAAGCAGGAGGACAAAGAAGCUGUAGGGGUAUUUCUUCAAAAGAAAUAUCUGCUGGCAUUACGAAUGCUACCCACCGCCAGUGAGGAGCAGGUUAAUGGCCAUCUCAUGGAAUCGCUCAAGCCGAGCAUCCGGAGAGUGUUGCGUGCAGCCACAAUAUCAUCUUUCGAGGAUCUAAUGGAGAGAGCUCUACAAGCCGAAUCCAAUGAGGCCAUCUAG